UGUAGUGAAACGCCGUGUACUUUUGCAACAAAAAGACUUGACAAGUAAGGUCGUUAUAAACUGCACAAAUCUAACUAAAAUGCCAAGUAAAGGGUAUUCAGUUGGAGAGUCUGUGAUGGUCAAAUGGCCAGGCAGCGCCCUCUGGUACCCAGCCAUGAUCCUGAGCAUCGAAGACGAUGAGUACAAGGUCAGGUUUGAAGAGGGAACCGAGGAUGAAGUCACUGCAGAAUCCAUCAGGUCUGCAGCUUCCUUCAGAAGGCGGUCUCAAUCCAAAUCCCCGUCACGACGUCGGUCAAGGUCAAGGUCACCUGCCCGGUCACCAUCCCGGCAACGUGUCUCCAGGAGUCCCGGCCGCAAGACACCGGCCAAAACAAAGACCAUUAUCUCACAGAGUAAGAGCGAGACGAAGGUCCAGCUCACUCCAACGAGGAGCAAGAGACUCCUUGCAACCAGGAGUACAACAGAGGUCCACACCUACACGACACGGUCUUCCACUAAGUCAGGACAUCAAAUCCUAGAGCCAGUAGUUGACAUAAAGACGGGGAAAGUUCCAAAGACUGUUCACUACGAAUUCGGCGGACCUUUUGGUGCUUUCUUCAUCAUGGUGUCGUUACCUCUCUUCAUCUACUACCUGUACUUCGCCUGUAGCAAGGAGGAGUGUAGUCUGCAGCUAUGGCCAGCUCAUACCUGUGAUUGGCGAGACUACUUUGAUCUCGAGGCUGCCUUGCUCUUCCUGGGAUGGAUGGGACUGCAAGCUUUCUUCUACUUGUUGCCAAUCGGCUCGGUUGUAAAAGGUCUACCACUGCGUAAUGGACAGAGACUGGACUACAAACUCAAUGGAUUCUUUUCCUUCAUCCUAACCCUGAUCCUCUUCGGUGGUCUCCUGUACAAGAAGUACCCGGUAGCCAUGGUGUAUGAUAAGUUCCUGCCUCUUUUGACGACUGCUUUCAUCUUCUCCAUCGUGCUCAGCAUCUUCCUGUACAUCAAGGCCAGAAGGGCACCGGGUCACGCCCUGGCACCCAGUGGAAACUCUGGGAAUUUUCUCUAUGACUUCUUCAUGGGCCAUGAACUCAACCCACGUAUUGGCAACUUUGACUUCAAGGUCUUCUGUGAGCUACGUCCUGGACUCAUUGGUUGGGUGAUGAUAGAUCUAGCCUUUGUGGUCAAGGUGUGGACUGACUUCCCUGAGAACCCUCCAUGGGCUCUGCUCCUCGUUACCUUCUUCCAGAUGCUCUACGUCGCUGACUCUCUCCUCUUUGAGCACGCCAUCUUGAGUACCAUGGACAUCAUCCACGACGGCUUCGGCUUCAUGCUGGUCUUUGGUGACCUCGUCUGGGUGCCCUUUACCUACACCCUACAAGCCCGCUACCUGGCUGACCGACCAUCACUUGCUGUCAUGCCUGACUACUGCUUGGUCAUCGUCCUGGCCUUUGGAUUGAUUGGCUACUACAUUUUCCGUGCAUCCAACUCCCAGAAAAACGCAUUCCGGGAAAAUCCUUAUGCCAGCCAAUUUGCUUCUGCUAAUGUAUUGAUCACAGCAUCAGGGAAACGUCUCCUGGUAUCCGGCUGGUGGGGUUGGGUUCGUCAUCCCAACUACUUGGGAGAUAUCCUCUUGGCACUGUCGUGGUCAAUGUGCUGUGGUUUUGGCAGCAUCAUCCCCUACUUCUACCCCAUCUACAUGCUCGUUCUUCUCGUCCACCGUGAGAGGCGCGACUCGGACCACUGCAGGCAAAAGUAUGGCAACGUCUGGAACAAGUACUGCGCUCAAGUUCCAUAUAGGAUCAUCCCCUAUGUCUACUAAGUAUCACUGGGUCUGUCUGUUGGUCUGUCUGUCUGUCUGUCUGUCUGUCUGUCUGUCUGUCUGUCUGUCUGUCUGUCUGUCUG